UAUCUCUUUCUGAAGCUGCGGUCUUCAUUUUAGUUUCUAAGGGAUGGCCAAGAAGAUGAAUGAAAGAGGUGCUAAGAAGCCAACUGUUAAUAUAGAAUAUGCUUCGAAAUUUGUGACUAAGGUGAAGGCUCGAUUUGAACGUGCUCAUCAGCAUCAUGUUUAUCCAUUGUUUCUGAGAAUCCUGAAUUCAUAUAGAGAAAACAAAAGGAGUCUUGAUGAUGUCAUUAGGGAUGUUAAUUUUCUUUUCGAAGGCCAUGAUGAUCUGAUUGACGACUUUACCAAUUUUCUUCCUUGAUAGGGCUGGUGUUAUGCAUGAGUUUUAUUCAAGAAAAAAUAAAUAUUGCAAAUGUCAAAAUCUAGGGUUUGAAUCAGAAGAUAAAAUAUGGUCUUAGAUACAAUUUUAAUGUUUGUAAUUUGCAAGAUUUGAUAUACUUUUGUUUGAAUAAAUUGUUUAUGUGUUUGUGAAGAUUUUGUGUAAAAAUUAUUAUUGGUUAUCUGGUUAUCAUGGGGAGGUUCUCAAUUCGUUUUCAGAAAAUUUUGCU